GGUGGCGGCGUUCUCUGCCGCAAUCGAGGCUCCAGCCCUGGUCGCGACAGUGCAAGCAGACAAUAACUGGGCUGGAAGCCGGACUGGCCGGACUCCACUGUGAUGCUUCCUGACUGAUGAUGUUAUAACAGCACCUGGAAUCCCGAGGCUGCAUUACCAGCUGUAUCUGAGUUUUCCCAUCACCAUGGAGCCCCGAAAGGAUGAAACUCUUCAGACCAAGGGAACGGCAGCCUCUGGAGAUACCCAGGACCAAGGGUCAGAGAAAGGAGCCAAGAACAAGGCAGCUGAGACAACAGAAGGGUCAACAUCAGAGCCACCCUCAUCUGGCCCAGGUAGACUGAAGAAAACUGCCAUGAAACUCUUUGGUGGCAAGAAGGGAAUCUGUACUCUGCCUAGUUUCUUUGGAGGAGGACGAAGCAAAUGUUCUGGGAAAGGCAGCUCCAAGAAGGGUCUAAACAAGAGCAAGACCCAUUAUGGCCUGAGCGAAGCAGCCUGUCCUGAAGAUGUUGUCAGUGAAGGAACUGAGUUCUCCCUACCUUUGCCCAAGUCACCCUGCCUAUUUCCCAGUUCUCGGAGUGACCAUGGGGCUUUGGAGACAGGUUCCAGAUAUAAGCUAUCUGUAGCUGGAACCACAGAGAGGGCUAGAGCUGAGAAGGUACUCUCUCUGCCCAAGCCAAAGAAAGGCCUAAAAGGCUUUUUUAGCAGUAUCCGCCGUCACCGAAAAAGCAAGAUUACUGGGACUGAGCAAAGUCAGCCAGGGGCAAAGGGGCCUGAGAAUGCCAGAGACAGGUCUCAUGAGCAUGUGAGCUCAGCUCCUGUACCUUGCUCUGAUGAGAUUUUCCCAGCCAAAAUGGAAAGUACCAAACCCCAAGAUGCCCCUGGACCAAAAAUUUCUCCAUCACCAGAACCUUCUCCACCAGCUACUGAAAAGAUGGCUUGUAAAAAUCCAGAACAACUAACAGGGACCUCAACACUUAUGCAACCCAAGCCUGCUACUGAAGCCAGUAGCCUAGAGGAUCCACACACUCUGGAAACAAGGGAGAAGGUGGUGGCAGGAGAGGUAAAUCCACCCAAUGGCCCUGUGGGGGAUCAACUGAGCCUCCUAUUUGGGGAUGUCACAUCCCUGAAGAGCUUUGACUCAUUGACAGGUUGUGGUGACAUUAUAGCAGAACAGGACAUGGACAGUAUGACAGACAGCAUGGCCUCUGGGGGCCAGAGGGCCAACCGAGAUGGGACCAAGCGAAGUUCCUGCCUGGUGACCUACCAAGGAGGUGGGGAGGAGAUGGCCUUGCCAGAUGAUGAUGACGAGGAAGAGGAGGAAGAAGAGGAAGUGGAACUAGAGGAGGAAGAAGAGGAGGUCAAAGAAGAGGAAGAAGGGGAUGAUGACUUAGAAUAUCUGUGGGCCAGCGCCCAGAUGUACCCAAGGCCCAAUUUGAACCUGGGUUACCAUCCCACCACAUCCCCAGGCCACCAUGGCUACAUGCUUCUUGAUCCAGUUCCAUCUUAUUCUGGGGAACUUUUGACCCCUCAGAGUGACCAACAAGAAUCUGCUCCUAAUAGUGAUGAAGGUUAUUAUGAUUCUGCCACACCUGGAUUUGAGGACGACUCAGGUGAGGCCCUGGGGCUUGUCCACAGGGAUUGUUUACCCAGAGACAGCUAUAGUGGAGAUGCCCUUUAUGAGUUCUAUGAGCCAGAUGGCAGUCUUGAGAACUCUCCACCUGGGGAUGACUGCCUUUAUGAUCUCCAGGGUCGCAGCUCUGAGGUGUUUGAUCCCUUCUUGAACUUUGAGUCCUUUUCUUCCUCUCGGCCCCCAGGGGCAAUGGAGACAGAGGAAGAACGGCUAGUGACCAUCCAAAAACAAUUGUUGUAUUGGGAGCUUCGGAGGGAGCAGCUUGAGGCUCGGGAGGCUCGUGCUAGAGAGGCCCACACCAGGGAGGCCUAUACCCGAGAAUCUCAUGCCAGGGAGGCCUAUGCCCGAGAGGUCCACACUCGAGAAAGUCAUGCCAGGGAGGUCCGAACCCGAGAAACCCAAGCCCGUGAGGUUCAUGCUCAAGAGGGUCAAGUCCGAGAGGGCCAGACCCAACAAGAGAAGCCCAUUUUGGAGUAUCAGAUGAGGCCCUUAGGGCCAUCAGUGAUGGGCCUGGUGGCAGGGACAUCAGGAGCUUCUCAGUCUUCCCACCGGGGAACCACCUCAGCAUUCCCUGCCACUUCAAGUAGUGAACCAGACUGGCGGGAUUUUCGUCCUCUGGAGAAGCGUUUUGAGGGAAUCUGUUCCAAGAAAGAUCAAAGUACCUGUCUGAUGCAGCUCUUCCAGAGUGAUGCCAUGUUUGAGCCAGACAUGCAAGAAGCAAGUUUUGGAGGAUCUCCAAGGAGGGCCUACCCUACUUACUCACCCCCUGAGGAUCCAGAGGAAGAGGAGGAUGGAAAGGAAGGGAAUGCCACUGUGAGUUUUUCACAGGCUCUAGUGGAGUUCACCAGCAAUGGAAACCUUUUUUCCAGCAUGUCCUGCAGUUCUGAUUCUGACUCGUCCUUCACUCAAAACCUCCCUGAGCUUCCUCCCAUGGUAACAUUUGACAUUGCUGAUGUAGAACGGGAUGGAGAAGGCAAGUGUGAAGAAAAUCCUGAGUUCCACAAUGAUGAAGACCUUGCAGCCUCCUUGGAAGCUUUUGAGCUGGGCUACUAUCACAAACAUGCCUUCAAUAACUACCACAGCCGAUUUUACCAAGGCCUGCCUUGGGGUGUGAGCAGCCUCCCUCGAUACUUGGGACUACCUGGCAUGCACCCUCAACCUCCACCUGCUGCUAUGGCCCUCAACAGAAGGAGCCGCUCCCUUGAUACUGCAGAGACGCUGGAGCUGGAGCUCUCCAGUUCGCACAUGGCCCAAGGCUAUCUGGAGUCUGAUGAGCUUCAGGCUCAGCAGGAAGAUUCAGAUGAAGAAGAGGAAGGAGAAUGGGGCCGAGACAGUCCCCUGUCCCUCUAUACUGAACCCCCAGGGGCCUAUGACUGGCCUUCCUGGGCUCCCUGUCCUCUUCCAGUGGGGCCAGGCCCUGCCUGGAUAAGCCCCAGUCAGUUGGAUGGGCCUUCCAGCCAGUUUCCAUAUGGGCAGGCAACAUGUUGUUUACCUCCUGUUACCAUGUCAGGACCAGAGUCAAGAGCUCCUGGGGAAUCUGGGCCUCAGCUAAUUCGACCUUCACACCUACCCCUGCCCAUGGGCCCUUGCUAUAACCUUCAGCCACAAGCCUCCCCAAGUGUGAGGGCCAGGCCUCGAGAUGUGCUGCUGCAGGUUGAUGAGCCCAGUUGUUCAUCCAGUUCUGGAGGUUUUAGCCCUAGCCCUCUGUCCCAGGGCAAGCCUGUGGGCAUCACCCAUGGUAUCCCUCAGCUACCCAAGGUUCGGUCUCAGCCCCUCCAGCCCCAGCCCUACAGGGCUUCCAGCCUUGACCUGUCAAAGGAGAGGGCAGAACAAGGUGCCUCUCUUCCCAUCAGCUACUCCUCCACUGCCAUGAAUGGAAAUGUAGUCAAGUAGUCAUCACUGAUUCUGGAGUGGAGACAUGGGGCCUGAGCAUGUGAAUGGGAAUGGGGUUGGGCAGAGGGGUGGGGGUGGGAGUUGUUGUUUAACUUGAAAAUCCUUUUGGCCAAGGAAAACUCUCUGAGUUUUCACCUUUGUUUUUCUCCUUCCCUCUUCUGCCACCUAUGGCCAUGUUCAGCUCAAGUACAUCUUCCCAGGGAGGCUGCUGCUACUGUGCUCCAGUUUUUGCUUUUGGGGUUUCUUCUUGUGACUCAUAAAUUGGGAUAGCAUAAUUUUGUGCCUAUUCCAGAUGCCAAGUUAAUGAUUUUAUACACACACACACACAAAAUGCAUCCUUAACACAGGCCCUUAGUGCCCCCUGUUCCCUCCCCCUAGUAAAUGAUGAACCACUGAUGACCAGCCAAGUCUGGUGGGGGCUUGUUUGCUGUUAGCAAUGUGAAGUUAUGGUACAGACCCUCCCCAUCCCCAUUCCUUUUGGCCUUGACAUAGCUGCCACUGUUACAUCAGAUGACUAUAAGCUAUUUGUCCCAGCUAGCUGUCCUUAGAGAGGGAUCAAGCAUGUGUCUCACUGCUUAUUGCUGUGAACUUUGACAUCAUAACCAGAUGGGGGCUUUUUAACCUGGCCUGCCAUAAUUUGAGUUGAAGACAAAAACACAAAUCUCCUUAAUGGAGUAAUUAAAUCUGUCCUUUUAUAAGAAGAAGACUAAAUAAGGUUUUGUGGUUCUAUCUUGCACACUGACAUAGUCUUUUUUUUCUUUUGGAACUGAGGUUUGAACUCAGGGCCUCAUACUUGCUAGGCAAGUGCUCUACCACUCAAGCCACAUUUCCAGCCCUGCCAUAGUCUUGAACUCUGGAAUGAUAGGAUUUUUUUCUUUCUUCUCUUAAGCCAACACUUUCAAAUUUUCAUUUUUUUCCUCUAAAGGGAGUUUUCAUAAUCUCAUCACAAGGAACAUGUUCCUUUAUUUGAGAUAAAGUAAGAGAUGCAAUCUAAAUUGGGGCUUGGCUGCAGGGCUUCAGGUUUUUAUUGGGUGGGUAUAGGGGAAGGAAACAAAAAGGAUUCAUUUAUCCCAGUCAGCAAGAGGAGAUUUCAGAUUGUGAAGCUUGAGGCAACCCAGCUUUUUAGAAGCUCCUUACCCUCCUGCCACAAGCCAAAAUGUUCCCUAAGUCUUGCCCACCCCUUCAUUUGGACACUAGAGUCUCUAGGCUUGCACUCCCAAGACAAGAUACCAAAGGCAUCUCAGCUGCUGUUCUGGGCUCUCCAAAGAGCUUUCAUCUCCCAAUUAGUAUAAUCAAAGGACCAGGCUUCUUGAGAGGAAAGACUGACACACCCUCACUCUGUCAAGCUACAGGACUAUGAUUUGCAUGACAGUUGCAGCCCUUUAUGAAAUGGAAUGUAUAGCAUCCUCCCAUCUACAUCCAUGUGGUUUUCAUGUUAAACUAGGUUGGAAAUACUGGUGGAGAAGAGCUUACUGUCAGGAAAAUAUUGCAAUGGGCUUUAUCUUGCUAGACUCAACUGUUGUUAAUCACCCAUAUGAGAGGUUCCUUUUAAAUUUCUUUAGUGGAAGUGGCACGUAAAACAUUUUUUGCCUGGAUGUAGUGACCCAAAUUAUGAUUCUUGCCUCUUAUAUCCCUUCCUCUAUUUCCACCACUCAGCCAUCAUCAUGUCUGUUAAGGGAAGAAGUCAACAAGGCUCUUGCCAUUCCUGAUUUAUGGCAAUUUACCUUGGAAACAGAUGCUGUUGGCUCUCUGAGUCAAGGUGACUUUAUUGGCAAACUGUCCCUUGGCCAGGGGAUAUAGGCACGCUGGUCUUUGCCACCAUUUAUCAGAUUGGGAUUGGCCCUGUGCCCCUCGUCAACAAGAGACGACCUUGCUGGUAGAAGUUAUACCCAUGAAAAUAACCACAUGAGUUUGCAUGGCACCAGUGCCAAGGGAUCUCAAGGGACCCAGACCAGCUCAUCAUGAAGAAAUGCAUCUGUCCUGGAGCUGGAGAAUGAAAGAAGGUGAGGCAGGGCCUCCUUACCCCAAUCACAGCAUUCCAGGAGAGAAGUGCCCAGAUUGUAACUAUCUGGCUUCUUACCAAAGCUUCUCUGGGAGUGAGGCUGAAAUUGUUCUGGAUGUUUGUCAGGAAGUAAACCCUCACCAAAUGCCUUUAUAACAGGAGAAAACUCACCACUUGCUUCUUCCUUCAGGGCAGCUUGAGCUUCUGUCUGCAUGUGGACAUGCCAUGGCAGGCAGUAGAGCUAUCACCAGCCUCCAUAGCCCAGUGAAGAAGGACCACCAGCCUAUCUGGGAAUAGGAAAAAGGUUGUUGGCCUUUGGGUAAGGGCUGAGAGCUGCCCUCAGGGUCAGGAGGGCAACAAGAUGAACCCUCUGUAAGAGGAGCUGUCAUAGCCCUGACAUACUUUGUUGGGCUUUGAAAGGUCAUACACCACAGAGUAGGACCUGGGACUGAAUAAGAGUUCAUGGCUUGGACAGCAUCACAGCCUCUAAGUCCCUUCACUGCCCUGAUUAGCCCAGGGUCAGGAUUCACCACCAAAAGUGGGAUGGUCAGGAUAUGUGGCUGCAGAAGCAGGCUCCUUUGAGUUGCUAGAGCUGAAAAGUUCAUGACCAAAUGCCAGCUGCAUUCUAGAGAAGGAAGACUUGGCUGAGGAUGUGGUAAUGACAGCACAGGAUGACAAUGGGAAAGCCAACCAAGCUCCAGGCCUCUCUCUAAACAGGCUAUGGCCAGAUGAAUAACAUGUUUCAAUUGCAAGGUCUUAGGAGGAUGCCUUUGGAUGUGACUUAAAAGGAAGAUGUGACUUGAGAGAAAGUAGCUGCCCUCAUCUUGCUACCCAUUAGGCCUAAGUAGUAACAGAUUUAAACCUUAGAAUUCCCAGAUGAGACUGGCCCUUUAAGGACCAGUGAAUGUGGAUAGGGAAGGCCACCUAGCAGGCCUCUCCCAGGCCAGGAUGCCAGAUUCUUGGUGCUUUAGAGUCUCUAAGAAAGCCCUGCCUUGGGGCCCUUCUGGCUUUAGCUUGGGUGCCAGGCCACAAUCCUCCCAGGAUAAAGGCUUUAAUAAAUACUAGUCUCCCUCCCUCUAUCAGUGCUGUACAAAGGAGGGAAGUAGGUUUCCAUACUCAGAGAGUGUGUGCUCUCAUCCUACUGCCAGCAGCUUUCCCACCUAUGCCAAUGUCACCACCACACCUGCCCCCAGCCCCCAGGCUCACUUGCUAGGGGAGGCAUGGAGGGUUUAGCAGGGAGACUUUCAAGUUUACCCAUAUGUAUGUUGCAUUCAAGUUGUUUUUAAUAUAUAUAUCAAAAUCAAUUAUCUAUUUUUAUAUUGUUUGCAUUUUAUAUUCAUGGAAAACAAUCUUUAUCAAUUGUUCUUUUCUGAUAUAUUUUGUUUUUAAGUGGUGCUGUUUACAGUUUUAAAACAAAGAUGACAGAAAAAUCACUGCUGCUCGUGCAGAGGGCUGUCAUCUCAACUGCCUAGGACCCUCCCUCUUUCCCCUCUCCUCUUCCUGCUGUUGUUCACACUGUUAGUUUCUCCACCACCACCCCCCACGGUAAGGACAGAAAAAGAUGUCCAGGUACUGAAGAUAAAUGCCAAAUGACUCAGGCACAUGGAUCCUGGUAGACAGCAUGUUUUAUAGCUUUAUGUUUUUCUUUAGGACCCCUCAUCCCCCGUGUGUAGACCUUCUAAGAGUACUCAAGCUUCUUUUUUUUUCCUUUUUGUAUUUUGUGCUUCCAUUUUGAAACUUAAAAGUGCAGAUGUUGUACUAUUUGUCAUAUUAGGUUCUCCAAAGGAGCAUUUUGGGGACAUUUUCCAUCCAAUGGGGAGGGCAAGGGGUUUAAACCAUACCUCCUUUCCUCAAGAAGCUGAGGCAGACAGAUGGCAAUGAUGCUUGAACCAUCAAGAACUGAUCAUCUCGUUGAGGAAACCCUUACAUGGGACUUUUCAGGAGCCCAGUAGAUUGUGAAAUUUGUCCAGAAGAGACAUUGGGGAACUCCUUCACCCCUAUUGCUGCUUUGGGGGACUCUAUCCUCCUACUACCAUUUCCCAUCCCUCACCCUACUUUAGCUCACAUGUGGAUGGUACUCUGAGGAACAGUGACUGUCAGGUAAUGGCUAGCCAGCCUGAUCCUCCAUUUUUUAAUCCUAUAGUCACUCCAAAGAAGAAAAUCCACAUGACAUGUGUGAAGAUUGGGCCUCUUAAGAGGUGGGGCUGUAAUUAUUAUUCUUGUUA